CAUACGUGAAGGCUUGUUACCUAAACUGCUUCGAGUAUUGACUGACAUUAGUGCUCUCUCUCACCCAACCAACUUCUAGGUCUUCAACUCUUAGAACCUGAAGAGUGAAUAAAAAGUGGAUUAAGAAGUUUGAAAAGAGUUUGGAUUUUUAGAACAGGCACUGAGGCCCACUUAUUGACACCAGGCAAGAUGGAGAAGAUGGAGGAGGACAAGAAGAAGAAGAAGGUGACAGGCUACCUGCUGUUCUGCGUGUUCACGGCAGUCAUUGGAUCUCUGCAAUUCGGCUACAACACUGGAGUCAUUAACGCCCCUGCGGAGAAAUUGAAGACUUUCAUCCGGAAUGUGACUCUGGAGCGGACUGGAGAGGCUAUGGAGGAGGGCACGGUCAAAUUUGUGUGGGCCUUUGCUGUGGCCGUCUUCAGUGUCGGAGGCAUGAUCGGCUCGUUCGGAGUGGGAGUUCUGGUCAACAAGUUUGGAAGGCGUAAGGCCAUGUUUAUAAACAACAUCUUGGCCCUCAUCGGUGGUACUCUGAUGGGUUUGGCCAGCUUGUGUCAGUCAUUCGAGAUGGUCAUCUUUGGUCGACUGGUCAUUGGCCUGUUCUGCGGACUGUGCACCGGUCUGAGCCCCAUGUACAUAGGAGAGCUGGCCCCGACUGCCCUGCGUGGGGCCUUUGGUACGCUGCACCAGCUGGGUGUGGUGAUUGGCAUCCUGGUGGCCCAGAUCUUUGGGCUGGAGUCCCUGCUUGGAUCGCACCUCCUGUGGCCCUUGCUGCUGGCCCUGACGAUCCUGCCAGCAGUGCUCCAGUGUAUCAUGCUGAUCUUCUGCCCCGAGAGCCCCCGGCACCUCCUCAUCAACCUCAACCAGGAGGAGGAGGCGCAACAAGCACUGGUGCGUCUGCGAGGCUACGAGGACGUGAGCGAUGACAUCAACGAGAUGAAGGAGGAGAGCAGGAAGAUGGCCAUGGAGAAGAAGGUCACCAUCCCCGAGCUGUUCCGCAGCCCCGCCUACAGGCAGCCCAUCAUCAUCGCCAUCGUGCUGCAGCUCUCCCAGCAGCUCUCCGGAAUCAAUGCUGUGUUUUACUAUUCUACAGACAUUUUUGAAAAAGCUGGAGUGACUGAACCCAUUUAUGCUACAAUAGGAGCUGGAGUUGUCAACACAGUUUUCACCGUAGUAUCUCUGUUUUUGGUGGACAGGGCCGGACGCAGAACGCUCCACAUUAUUGGCUUGGCUGGAAUGGCCAUUAGCGCUCUCCUCAUGACCAUCUCCAUGGAACUGAUUCCAAUGAAUAAGAACGUCAGCUACUUGGCCAUCGUUGCAGUAUUUGCCUUUGUAGCAAGCUUCGAGAUGGGUCCGGGCCCAAUCCCAUGGUUCAUUGCCACGGAGCUCUUCGAGCAAGGCCCUCGCCCGGCUGCCAUUGCAGUGGCUGGAUGCUCCAACUGGACAUCCAACUUCCUGGUUGGACUCCUCUUUCCCCCACUGGCGGACUUGUGCGGCUCCUAUGUCUUCAUCAUCUUCGUGGUCUUCCUCAUCUUCUUCAUCAUCUUCACCUACUUCCGGGUGCCCGAGACCAAAGGCCGGACGUUCGAGGAUAUCGCCCGUGGCUUCAAUGCUUCCUCCUCGGGGCCGUCCUCCCCGCCUCCCCAGGAGGGCGAGGUCACUCUCCCCGUCUCGCCCACCACUGAGAAGGUCCCCAUGGUGGAGUUCCCCCCGGUGGAGAAGAGCCAGAACGGCCUCCCAUCUGCCUAGGAGGAGGACAUCGAGUUGGCACUUGGAAAGGAGUCUUUGUACCGUACACAUGCCAGGUGCUGAACAACAGUUAGUUACUAUGAAAAGAAAAGGGCUCGCACACUCUUCGGAACUACUACUACUACUACAGUACUACUAUUACUACAGUACUACUACAUUGCACUUAACUGAUUUUUUGCCAUUGCAACUGCAAUUUACAGUUAUUACAGGGUGCUGGCUACAGUCCCUGGAGCAAUGGGGGGUUAGGUGCCUGUCUCAAGGACACUUUAGCCAUUACAACCCUUUGUCUCCCUUAUAAAUGGGAAAAUAAACCAACAAAAAACACUUUCCAAAAGAAAAUCCUGAUUAUUGUGCGAGCCCUUUUUUCAUUCAUAGUAACUGGGAAACUAAGGUGGUCACACCACAACUCACUGCUUCCAAAAGACAACCAUGGUAGACCCAAGUACAGGAAGCGGACACAGACAAUGUGGUUCAGACGUUCAGACCUGGUCAGCAUACUAUACUAGUUGUGUAAACCACCUGUCUUUUUAAUUAAGAUAUGUGACAGAGCUUUCACAAAGGUGUUCUUGGACCUGAACAGAGUAAAGCACCCCAUGUCAGGCCCACAAUUAACACAUUUUACAUAGGCUGUUGUGACGUUCAAGUCAGGAAGUUUAAAUUGUUCUCUUUAUGGCCAGUUUUCUUUAAAUGAGACAGAAGGGAUACAACAAGGUCACAUGAUCUUAUCUAUAAUAUAAAAAAUAACCAAAACUAAAGCCAAGGCACCAAGACUAAAAGGUACCAUCAUGUGAAAGGUUUACUAUGUCUGUACAGUGUCAAUGUGAGUUACUAUGCCAAUGUCAUUACAUUUUUUCUGUAAAAUGCAUAGUGCAAAGUGUAGUUUGAACAUUAACAUUCCAGUAAGUAUUCCAGCAUGUGUUAAAUAACAGUAACAUACUGUGCGUAGGUUAUUCGUAGAAAUACUGUAACACACUGCCUCUAAGCCUUGACUGCCAGAAUGCAUUCCACUGAGUGUUGGGAGACUGAAAUGAUCUGAAUGAUGGCACACGGUGACCUUUCCCCUAGUCACCAUCAGUCACCUUUGUUGGAGUCAUCAUGAGGAUUGCCAUUUUUUUAAGCACUAUUGACCCUACCGGCCCUGAUUAUACUGGCACUGAACGGAUGAAUGGACUUUAAAAGAAACAAGUCUCUCUUUCAUGAAAAACGUCA